CCUGCUGUGUUUUCAACGGAGGGAGAGCUGAGAAGAAAAAUGGCGUCUGCAGGCGACCCAGAGCGGGACACCGGCCAUUCAGUCUGAGCUUUCCACCCUGAAAUUGAGACCGGGGCUUGGUGGGGAACAACCGGGAACCACCUCCAGAACUGUUGGCUUCUUUCUCCCCCGCUUUGCUCCGGUGUGAGCAGCUGAAUCAAGCCCCGAGAUUGAAGCGGAACAGCAGAGACUCUCUCCUGCGAUGAGGGGCAGAAGAGGAAGGCCGCCCAAACAAGCUGCUCUGAUGCGGGAAGCUUCACCCGGGACAGUCCGAGGCUCCCGGGGCGGCCGGAGCAGAGGGAUGCGUGGACGGGGGAGAGGCAGAGGAAGGGGUCGGGGACGUGGAGGAGGUGUUGGACUCAUCGGAUCCGGAUCUACAGAGGUGGAGACAGAAACCUCCAGCCGGGAGAACUUUCAUUCGUCCCGGGGCCGCAGGAAAGUUGGAGCCUGCAGCGCGGCGGCUUCAUCGCGGGGCAGAGGAGGGAGAGGCAGGGGAAGGGGGACCAGAGGAAGGGGGUCCAGAGGAGGAGUGCGCCGGCCUCAAACCAAGGUGGUCUACGACGACAACAGCGACGAGGAGGAUGAUAAUAUAAGCUACAGGUCAGAGGAAGACGAACUCCUCAACGACAACCCUUUGUCGGAUCUUGAAGAGGAGGAGGAGGAGGAGGCCUUGGGAAACGACUCUGACUACCUGGAGGAACUAGUAGAGGAUGAUGCCAGCUACUGUACGGAGAGCAGCUUCAAGAGCCACAGCACGCUGGGGAGCACUCCAGGCCGGAGAAGAAGCAGAGCCAUCCGACCGCGCUCUCCUGUCUUUGAGGCUAAAGACAUUCCCCUCUUGGACCCUCCCAAAUCCUCCGAGGACCUCCUGGUUCCCCCCUCGCAGCUCCUCAACGUGUCGGCCGUGUACGAAGUCCUCCGCAACUUCGGCACGGUCCUGCGGCUCUCCCCGUUCCGCUUUGAGGACUUCUGUGCGGCGGUGGCCAGCCAGGAGCAGUGCACGCUGCUGGCAGAGACCCACAUCUCGCUGCUCAAAGCGAUCCUCAGAGAGGAGGACACAUCAAACACCACAUUCGGUCCCACGGACGUGAAGGACUCGGUCAACUCCACGCUGUACUUUGUGGACGGUAUGACCUGGCCGGAGGUGGUGCGAGCGUACUGCGAGAGCGACCCGGAGUACCGACACAUCUUGCCUUUCCAGGAGUGCGAGGAUUACCCGUACGAACCUUUGGAGAGCAAAAUCAAAGUUCUCCAGUUUUUGGUGGACCAGUUCCUGGCGACAAACAUCGCCCGGGAGGAGCUCAUGUCAGAAGGCGUGGUUGCCUACGAUGACCACUGCAGGGUGUGCCACCGCCUCGGUGACCUGCUGUGCUGCGAGACGUGUUCGGCCGUGUACCAUCUCGAGUGUGUGAAGCCGCCUCUACAGGAAGUGCCCGAAGACGAGUGGCAGUGCGAGGUGUGUGUGGCGCACAAGGUUCCCGGCGUGGUGGACUGCAUCCCGGAGGUGCAGAGGAGCAAACCUUUCAUCCGACAGCUGCCGAUGGGCUACGACCGACACGACCGCAAAUACUGGUUCCUUAACCGCCGCAUUGUCGUUGAGGAGGAUGGCGAGCAGGAGGACAAAGCCAUCUGGUACUACAGCACUAAGGUCCAGCUAGCCGAGCUCAUAGAGUGCUUGGACAAAGAGUACUGGGAGGCAGACCUGUAUGCAGCACUUGAAGAGAUCCGGGACGAGGUGCAUGCACACAUGGACAUCACUGAAGACCUGACCAACAAGGCCCGCGGCAGCAACAAGUGUUUCCUCACUGCUGCGAAUGAGGAGAUCCUGGAGCGGUUGCGGGCGAAGAAGGAGGAGGAGCUGGAGGAGGUGAAGAGACGGGCGGCCGAGGAGGCGGCGAAAGCGCGGCUAGAGAUGGAGAAGAAAGAGGAAGACGUGGAGAAGGAGGAGCUGAAGGACGAGGGGCAGCAGGACGACCAAGCGCUGAUGAAAGAGGAAGAGGAGGAGGAGAGGAUAAAAGAAGAGGCCUGGGAGGAGAAGACUGGAGCUGUUGAAGCUCCGCCCACUGGCCAAGACGGCAGUAGCAUCUCAGACGGACCCGUGCCUCCAGAACCCUCUGCCCCCUCACGCCCCGCCCCCUCCGCUGCGAGCGUUACACCCGAGGCUCCAAAGCCGAAGGCGUCGAUCUUAGAGGCUCUGAUAGGGGGAUGUUCCCAUACGGAAACCUCAAACUGCACCAAAGAAACCCCGUCAUCAGACUCUGUCCCCGUCAGUGGAGACGGUGUCCCCAGCCUGAGCCAGCACUCCCACACCCAUGAGGAGAACAGCAACAGCAGCAUGGGGACCGGGGUUCACCCCCGAGGACCUGAACCUCCAGACUUGGCCGACAAGUCGUCGCAGUCAUCCAUGGCCAGCCUGGACGACACAGGGGACAGCAAAGACUCACCCAACGGUGACUCUGGUGGCGGUAAGAGGUCGUCCGCCACUCGCAUGGUGACCCGGCUGAGGAACCCGGAGAGCAAGCUCAGCCAGAUGAAGAGCCAACAGGUGGCUGCCGCCGUUCACGAAGCCAACAGAGGCUUUAGAGAUGGCAAAGAGGUGUUGGUCGUAAACGCACAAGGUGACAUCACCCGUGUCAGCACACGUAGCAGCAAAGACGUCGUGAUGAAGGGGACUCUCUGCCAGUACUUUAAGCUCGGCCAGGAGGGGAAAUAUCGCGUCUAUCACAACCAGUUCAGCUCCAACGCUGUGGCGCUCAAUAAACACCAGCACAGAGAGGACCAUGACAAGAGGCGGCACCUCUCCCACAAGUUCUGCAUGACCCCAGCCGGGGAGUUUAAGUGGAACGGGUCUAUUUACGGCUCCAAGGUUCUGACCAUCUCCACGCUGAGACUCACCAUCAUCCAGCUGGAGAACAAUGUCCCAGCACCGUUUAUGCACCCCAACUGGGCCUCGCACAGGACCAACUGGAUCAAAGCGGUUCAGAUGUGCAGUAAAGCCAGAGAGUUUGCGCUCGCUCUGGCCAUCCUGGAGUGUGCCAUCAAACCUGUGGCUAUGCUACCUGUCUGGAAGGACUCCUUGGGCCACACAAGGUUAAACCGCAUGACGUCCAUGGAGCGAGAGGAAAAAGAGAAAGUGAAGAAGAGGGAGAAGAAGCUGGAGGAUGAGGAGACGAUGCAACAGGCUACCUGGGUCAAAUACACCUUCCCCAUUAAACAUCAGGUGUGGAAGCAGAAAGGAGAGGAGUACCGUGUCACAGGUUACGGGGGCUGGAGCUGGAUCAGCAAGACUUACGUGCAGCGAUUCGUCCCAAGGCUUCCCGGCAACACCAACGCCAACUACCGCAAAGAAUUAGAAGACGCUAAACUCGGAAAGAAAUGCACCCUGCUCGACUUGAGCCGACGGCCCAGCGUCGCUGCACCAGACGCUCAGGAAACAGCUGCCAUUAGCAGUGAGACAGAAGAUCGAGAGACAUCGGGCCUCCCUGAGCCUGCAGCAGAUCGUCUGACGUCUGUGGAAGAGUUGGAGUCCGGCGAGAGGAAGGCAGAGGAAGAGAAAGACCAGAAGGAUGUAAAAGAGAAGUCUGAGGAACCGUCAGUGGAGGAGACGCCUGAAAAGAUGGAGGUGGACUCUGCAGACCCUGCAGACCCACCAUCAGAAGAAGAGCAAAGGUCCAGUAUUGAGGAGGGCAAGACGUCCGUGAAGGAGGAGCCUGCAGAUGACUCUUCGAGACCCUUUAACUACGAUGUAGUGGACGUCAGCAAGGGCUUCCUCACCCGCAUCGCCUACAAGAAGAAGGUCAAGUCCUCCAAGCUGGACUGCCUGCUGGAGCGACGGGUGAAGCAGCACAUCAUUGAAGAGAGCCAGAGGCAGCGGGUGUCUGCCUCCAACCCCGUCACCCCUGCACCGGCUUCAUCCUCUUCUUCAUCCUCUGCAGCCCCAGCUCUGGACACUCCGGUCCGGCCGCGGUCGCCACUCAGGCCCCACGCUCUCCCUCAGAGACAGCUUGCGCUAGGCGACGCUGUGAAAGUAGCAGAGACGACUGGAGGGAGGGAGAGUCAGUCUGAACUCUCUAAGACUACUGAUGGAAAUGUCACUCCUCUUCCUCUUCUUCAUCCUCUUCCCUCUCCUGCUCUGGGCUCCACACCCAAAGACAGCAGCAGUACAGGUACAGGUGAACAUUCAGCAUCACCACAAACCACGUCCAUGCCCCAGGGUCUGGAGGCAGACUUGGUGGAAAGAACUACGGGGCCAAAAAAAACAAAUGCAGACAGUUCAGGGCAAGAGGGGGGCACAGUCUCUGCUGUUCCACAAACAAACACAGGGGGGGUUCAGAGCUCUUUAGAGCUUCUAACGGCCAAGGUGUCAUCAGAUGAUACCAAGGCUGCACUUGUUGAAAACACACGGUUAAAAUCGGACGCUUCAAGGACUUCCACAGGCGGUCAAACCACGCCUCCUUCUAAACUUCCUCCGCAGAACCCCGAAACGUUAAGCUCAGAGCACUCAGUCACAGAGAACAAUGGAACAGGACCAGAGGACAGGCAGGAGGGGGGUGACGGAGCAGGAUCAGGUAAAAGGGAAGGGGUCAGGACUCCCACGCCUCAGGUAAACGGUAAUGACAGCUUGGGGAGCGACAGCAUCUUGAGAAACUCUGUAAACGCGAAUAACGGCGUGCUCACGAACAGUACACAACACAAGAUGAACAGUGUGGAGAGCGCAGAGGAGCAGGGACUGGCGGUCUCUCUGAAUGACGGCACGCAGCAGAAGCCUUUAGUGAACGGGGAUGUAGCCCGUUUGAAUGAUUGUACGGAUGUUGCUGCCAAAGAUUCGAGCCCAGAGAUUAAAACAACUCUGCCGGAGCCGGACUGUGAACCCCCGGUGAAGGUGAUGAGGCUGGAGAACAACGUAGACGCACUUGGAGAGAACACGCAGAGCACUCGAGAGCUCAACAGCUCAUCAUCGUUCACCUCAACAAAUACCAAACCCAGCUCCGGGGUCAAAAUCAUCAGGAUGGCUCCGUCCCCGAUCCCGUCAGCGGAGGAGUCCAGCCUGAGUGACGACUUCACAGAGGAGAACAGUAACAGUGGGACCGCGGAUCCUCUUAAAACCACCAUCACACAGGUAACGACGACCUCCACGACCACCACGACGGUCGUCUCCACGCAGAGAAGGAUGGACGCACCCGGAGAGACGAGGACGACGGAGAGCAACGCAGUGUCCACGCUCACAACCAUGACUAAAACCACCGUGACAAAGAUCUGCUCCUCUGACGGUCAGACGGACAACAGCCAGAGCGAGAUAAUGACACAAGAACAGAAGCUCUCCGCCUCCCUCAGCAAGUCAACAACCGACACCAGAGGCGGGACGUCUGUGUCCACCGUGAGCAAAGAGGAUUACUCGUCAACGAAGAGACGCGUUCGCCUCCUCAAGUUCUCCCGCACCAAGAAGACGCGCUCAGACACCGCCCUGCCCUCGUACCGCAAGUUUGUCACCAAGAGCAACCGCAAGAGCAUCUUCGUACUGCCGCACGACGACCUGAAGGUGCUGGGAAGGCGAGGCGGGUUCAGAGAGGUCCCCAUUUUUAGCUACAACGCCAAGCCAGCACUGGACAUCUGGCCGUACCCGUCACCCAGGCCCACGUUCGGCAUCACCUGGAGGUAUCGCCUGCAGACGGUGAAGUCUCUGGCCGGUGUGAGCCUGAUGCUGAGACUCCUGUGGGCGUGUCUGAGAUGGGACGAUAUGGCCGUCAAACCAUCUGCUGCUGUCGGGACCACGCGUACAGAGACGUCAGACACUGAGAUCACCACCACGGAGAUCAUCAAGCGCCGCGACGUGGGACCGUAUGGCAUCCGCUCGGAGUACUGCAUCCGCAAGAUCAUCUGCCCGCUCGGCGUGCCUGAGACACCGAAAGAAACCCACACCCCACAGAGGAAGGGCUUGCGCUCCAGUGCCUUGCGCCCAAAGAAGCCUGAGCCCGCCAAGCAGACGGGUCCGGUGGUGAUCGAGACCUGGGUGGCUGAGGAGGAGCUGGACCUGUGGGAGAUCAGAGCCUUCUCAGAGAGGGUGGAGAAAGAGAAAGCUCAGGCUGCAGAGCAGGCUAAGAAACGUCUGGAGCAGAAACCAGGCUCGGUCAACGCCACCCCGACAGGAACUCCGGCAACCCCCGCCACCACGCCCAAAGUCAUUGUUGGUUCGCUGUCGGGCCAGGGCACCCCGACCACCAAGGUGGUGCUGUCGUCCAAGAUGGGCGCCCCGGUUACAUUCCAGCAGAACAAGAACUUCCAGCAGUCAUUCGCCACAUGGGUUAAGCAAGGUCAGAGCACACAAGGAGCUGGCAACGAGACCACCGUGGCGACAUCAGGCGGGCACACCUUCCAGAUUACGGGAACCUCUGUGGGAGGAAAGGUGGUGACCACUAAGCUGCCGCUGCCAGCCAACAGCAAGAUCGUCACGGUCAACGUGCCAACUUCACAAGGAGGUGUGGUGCAGCAGAAAGUGUUGGGUAUCAUCCCAUCAAGCACAGCCGGCGGUGCUCAGACCUACACCACAUUCCAGCCCCGCACCACCACACUCAACAUCAGGCCAAACACUCCAGGAUCCCAGCAGCAGGUUCUGGCAGCAGGUUCUCAGAUCCGUCCAGGGAUGACGGUGAUCCGAACACCGAUCCAGCAAACAGGACAGAUGGGAAAGACGAUAAUCCGAACUCCUCUCAUGGUCCAGCAAGGUCAGGGUGGACAACAAGUAGUGACACAGAUCAUUCGGGGUCAGGCGGUCUCCACAGCGAUAUCUGGUGCCAGUCCCGUCGCUACAGUCACCGGUCAGGGGUCGGCCAGCCCCGGCACAGCAGGGCAGGUGGGCCAAACGCAGCCGGGCACCCCGAGAACUCAGGGGCAGGGCCAGGUGAAGCUCACGAUGGCACAGCUCACCCAGCUCACACAGAAGCAGCAGGCGGGGUCUGGCGUGGAGCGGCAGGCUGGUGUGGGCGGUACCCAGCAGGCUCUGACGGUAAUGGUUCAGGGUCAGGGCCAGACCACCGGCCAGCUGCAGGUCAUACCUCAAGGCGUCACCGUCAUCCCAGGACCUGGUCAGCAGCUCAUGCAGGCGUCUCUGCCCAACGGUCAGGUGCAGCGAUUCCUCUUCACGCCAUUGGCCUCAGCUGCCACGCCCACUUCCAGCACAGCCACCCAGCCCAACUCCACCUCCACCAAAACCCCAGUCCAGCAGGCUGCAGCACCCAUCCAGGCAGGGACGACCCCCUUGGCCACCACCAGCACCCCUUCCUCAGCCACCCCACAGGGCCAGUUACCCAACCAGACCCAGGCUCACAUGCCCAUCCAGUCUCCCACCUCGCUGCAGAUUAAAACACAGGGAGGAUCCGCCCAGCUGCAGCUGCAGCAGUCGCCCCAGCUCAUCAGCAUGUCCGGACUUCAACAACAGGUGUUGGCUCAGCUGCAGGCCCAGCAGGCUGGAGGCUCCCUGCCGCAGCACAUCAAACUGCAGCUUCCUAUCCAGAUACAACAGACCGGGACCACAUCAGCUCAGGGAGGACAGAUUGGGAAUGUAGUGACCAUCCAGGCGGCGUCGGUCCAGGAGCAGCUCCAGAGGAUCCAACAGCUCAGAGAGCAGCAACAGCAGAAGAAGAGACAAGCUGCGGAGGCCAAGAGGGAGCAGGCCCUCAACGCAGCCAGCCAGAGUGACAUCAUUCAGAAGCAGGUGGUGAUGAAACAAAACGCUGUGAUCGAGCACCUGAAGCAGAAGAAGACGAUGACGCCUGCAGAGAGAGAGGAGAAUCAGAGGAUGAUCGUAUGCAACCAGGUGAUGAAGUUCAUCCUGGACCGGAUAGACAAAGAUGACCGGCAGGCGGCCAAGAAGAGGAAAAAAGAAGAGGUGGUGGAGGCCAAGAGGAGGUUGGCUAAUGCUAGCAAGCUCUCCUCGCUCCUGUACCGACAUAAAGAGAGCUUAAAGAUGGAGAUCUUGAAGAAGCGUGCUCUUCUGGACAAGGAGCUCCAGCUGGAGGCGCAGGAGGAGCUGAAGAGAGACCUGCUGCGUAUGCGGAGGGAGAAGGAGAGAGCUCAGGCUGUAGCCCAUCAAGCUGCCCAGGCUGCAGCCGCCGCCGCCGCCGCAGCUGCCCACAACCAGCAGCAACACACGCACACGCACGGCCUCUCGUCUCAGCACCAAUUCACCGCGAGCAUCGCCUCCUCGCACAAGAGGAAACGGGAGGAGGAGAGGGAGCCCGUGACGUCGCCCAAGUCCAAGAAGAAGAAGAUGAUCGUGACGACGAGCAGCAAGGAGAGCAAGAAGGACACCAAGCUGUACUGCGUGUGCAAGACGCCAUACGACGAGACCAAGUUCUACAUCGGGUGCGACUUGUGUACAAACUGGUAUCACGGCGAAUGUGUGGGCAUCACGGAGAAGGAGGCCAAAAAGAUGGACGACUACAUCUGUGUGGAGUGCAAACGAGGCCAGGAGACCAGCACGGAGGAGCUGUUCUGUAUCUGUCAGACGCCGUACGACGAGUCCCAGUUCUACAUCGGCUGCGAUCGCUGUCAGAACUGGUACCACGGUCGCUGCGUGGGAAUCCUGCAGAGCGAGGCCAACCACAUCGACGAGUACGUGUGUCCGCAGUGUCAGUCGACGGAGGACGCCAUGACGGUGUUCACGCCGCUCACAGACAAGGACUACGAGGGCCUGAGGAGAACUCUGCGCUCCUUACAGGCUCAUAAGAUGGCGUGGCCGUUCCUAGAGCCGGUGGACACCAACGACGCCCCGGACUACUACAGGGUUAUCAAGGAACCAAUGGACCUUUCCACGAUGGAGGAGAGGAUACAGAGGCGCGAGUACGUCAAGCUAACGGAGUUCGUAGCGGACAUGACCAAAAUCUUCGACAACUGCCGCUACUACAACCCCAGCGACUCACCCUUCUACCAGUGUGCCGAGGUUCUGGAGAACUUCUUUGUCCAGAAACUCAAGGGCUUCAAAGCCAGCAGGUCUCAUAACAACAAACUACAAUCAGCAGCCUCCUAGCUCCCUCCUAAAAAAGCUCAUUUCAUCUGAUUGAUUAAUUCCCGUAGUCCGAGUCCAGCUCAGCUCACGCCCGACCUUCGACGCCUCCAUCGCUUUGUUCACGCCGCUUUUCACCCUGAGUGUUUCUGGGACGUUAUCAUAGAGAAGUCUUCGUACCCGGGGCGGGACUGAUCACAGACUCAAAGAUCCGGAUGAGUUGGCUGGUUGGAUGCUCACCUGGCUGCAGUGGACUUUUGUGUCAGCUUUGUUCCCCAGCUUUGUUCCCCUUGAACACAGGUGCACUUUUUUUACGCUGUCCUUUUUUUUCCCAUCAAGGUUUGGUCUCCUCCUCACGAUGAUGUUCAAAGGUUUAAAAUGAAACUCAAAUAUUUGAUUGUUUAGGUCUUAUCUGAAAGCAGCCGGGCUUGGAUCAAGUUGUUGUGGACGUUUCUUCAGCUCCUCUAACGAGGCGUUCACACCAAACACGAAUAAAAUUCAACGUAGAGACGCAAAUAGAAGUUCUAGUCGAAAGCGCAAAUGAUGAGAUGCACGCAAAUUAUUCGCACAAAUGAAGCGAAGUAUACCCAGAAAUGAAUUUGUGAGAGGUGCCGCCGUGAUAGCCAAUCAGCGUGCAGAUCCUCCGGCGACGUGUUAUUGCUAUUGAACUAGCAAGUCAGCUCUGCUCCUUUAGCAUCACCGGCUUCACUAUUCAAUAAUCAAGCUCAACCUUCCUCGAUUACAACCCUCCCCCUCACGUCUUGGGUAGACGCGAUUUUAACUUGCAAACUCGGGUUUGAAUCACAGGACUUGUGCGAUCGUUUGCCUUCGGUGUGAACUUUAUAAGAGGCCAAACAUCUUCAAGAAGUUCAACCAACCCUGGCUGCUUUUGCAUAAGAAUAAAAACCCGCCCUGACCUUGAUGGCUGACAACAUUCCCACCAAAACAUCCACACUUUGAUAAAAUACAGAAGCUGCUGGUUUCACAUCCUGACAUUGAGUUUGUCUGAAAUCACCUUUUUCUGAGUGCUGCAAGAACAAACUGUUUUUUUUUUCUUCCCCCUCAUGAGACAAAAAUACGAUAAAUUAAAGUUUGAGUUCAUUCAUUUUGUUUGGUAAGUCGACUAGCAGUGUGACCUUUAUUUAACAUUAGAGUGAGUUAUUGACAGCCCUCAGGUGUGAAGCCCAGCACACUUCUGAAUCAGCCUCAUUCAAAGGUGAAUCAAAUAUUUCAGCUGGAUCACAUGAGACCACAUGGGUGUAGAAACUGGUUCAGGGGUCUUUAAUCUGUCAGAUCAUCCUCAUGCUGCCGCCGUCUUUCCAUCCUGUGCUCUGAAAUCAAGGCAGGAGCACUCAGCAGCUUUGUUCUCUUUUUUAACGUGAUCAAACAGGACAAAGGGAACAAGGUCGUCAGGUCCUGAGUGGCGGUGAGACGGUCUCGUUGAAGCUUUGUUUCUGUCCCAGCUGAGUCUGUACGUCUGUCCCCUCCUCUAUCAGUGACUUCUCGCAGCAUAUUUCAUUGAAGUUGACAGUUUGGCUCACAUAUGUCUCUCAACUCACCCUCAAACCAUGGGUUAGUAAUUGGAUAAUGGACUUUUCCACUCAGCAUCGACUCAGUUAUGUUGCGGUCUGCGGCAGCGUGUCUGGGAGUAAACUUUGAGUGGGAACUGGGGAGUCUUUGUACGUCAGGGUUUGUACGAAAAUUUUAUAGCUGCAUUUUUAGCAUAUUUGGGAACAUUUUUGUAAUCUGUGUUUAUCAGUUUUGUAGGAGGGGAGCGGUCACAAGACGAGUUUCAGUUUUUACUAAGUAGAUUUCCUCGUUUGUAGUUUUAGUUCUGUGUAGCAGAGUUGAGAGAUGAUGUAGCUUCUGUCUCCUUUCCCGUGUUUGUGUGUCGUCCACACGAAUGUCCGUCACUUUGUAAUCCGAUGAUGUGUCGAUCUCUAUUGUACAUUAUGGCUGUCCAAAUAUGUAGAGACACAGAUUUUUAGAGCAGUAGAAACUUUUAUUUUUCACUCUUCAAACCAGCAACGAAGCCCGCCUGUACAUGGAUCUAUUUUCUGUCUCUGAACGUUUCGGUGAAAUCGCCCUCUCAUACAAAGUGCUGCAUAUUGUGAGCAUGACGGUCGUGAUCGGGGCGGAUUGACACGUUAACUCUUGUAAAGAGUUUCUCUUGUUUUUGUAAGAAACAAACCAGUUCAACAUAACGUCUAUAUUGACAUUGCAUUUCUUGUAUUAUUUAUUCAUAUCAACAAACAGUUCUCAGUUUUUUGAGUAAUGUUGAAGAAAACGUAACUGCAGAUUAAAGAAGUAUUCUAUGUUUUUAACGGAUCGUGGAAACUCUGAAGAGAUUCUCUUUUGUACUUGAUAGGACAUUUCAUCCUAGGUAAUAAAGUAAUGUUUUGGCACCAUUUUAA